AUGCAUUGGCUGUCUUUCUGUAUUUCUCCUCUACUUUUUCUCUUUUACACUUUUUUUUCUAAUGUCUUUUUUUCGCCUCCCUUCUUUCGUCUUUCUUUUUUUUUCCUUUUUUUUCUGUAUUUCUUUUCGGUCUUCCUUUACUUUUUUUCCACUACUGCUUUUUUUUCUCUUUUCCACUCUUUCUGUAUUUCUUCUCUUCUCUCUUUUCUUCUUUCUCUUUCUUUCCACUCUUUCUGUAUCUCUUCUCUUCUCUCUUUUCUUCUUUCUCUUUCUUCUCUUUCUCUUUUCUUCUUUCUCUUUUCUCUCUUUUCUUCUUUCUCUUUUCUACUCUUUCUGUAUCUCUUCUCUUCUCUCUUUUCUUCUUUCUCUUUUCCACUCUUUCUGUAUCUCUUCUCUUCUCUCUUUUCUUCUUUCUCUUUUCCACUCUUUCUGUAUCUCUUCUCUUCUCUCUUUUCUUCUUUCUCUUUUCUACUCUUUCUGUAUCUCUUCUCUUCUCUCUUUUUCUUUUUCUCUUUCCACUCUUUCUGUAUCUCUUUCUCUUCUCUCUUUUCUUCUUUCUCUUUCCUCCUCUUUCUGUAUCUUCUCUCUUUUUUCUUUCUCUUUCUCCACUCUUUCUGUAUCUCUUCUUUCUCUUUUCUUUUCUUUCUCUUUUCUACUCUUUCUUUAUUUUCUUCUUCUCUUUUCUUCUUUCUCUUUUCUUUUCUGUUUUUCUCUUUUCUUCUCUUUCUUUCUUCUUUUUUUCUUUUUCUACUCUUUCUGUAUUUUCUCUCUUUUUCUCUUUCUCUUUUUUCUUUCUGUAUUCUUUCUCUCUUUUCUUCUUUCUUUUCUUUUCUGUAUCUCUUCUCUCUUUUCUUUUCUUUCUUUCUCUUUUCUACUCUUUUCUGUAUCUCUUCUCUUCUUCUUUUUCUUUUUUCUUUUCUUUCAAUAUUGCCUGUCUCCUUUUCUUUUUUUUUUUUCUUUCCUUUUCUUUUUUUUUUCUCUAUUCUUUUUCCUCCUCUUUCUCCUUCCCACACUUUCCAUAUGGCUUCUACCCCUUUUUCAUAUUCCUUGUCUUUUUCUUUUUUUCUCUUCAUCUUUCUUGCUCUUUCUCUAUCUCUUCUCCUCUCUUUUUUUUCUCUCACUUUCCAUUUUCCAUUCUUUGUGUAUCUCUUCUUCUCUCUUCUUUUUUCUUCCUUUUUUUUUCUUUUUCACUCUUUCUGUAUCACUGCUACUUUUUCUUCCCUUUUUUUCUUCUUUUUGCUCUUUCCAUAUUUCUUCUCUUCCUUUCUCUUUUUCUUCAUUCUCCACCUCUUUUUUGUCCUUUCCAUCUCUCUUCUCCUUUCCUUCUCUUGUCCCCCUCUUUUCCUUUCCAGUCUUUCUAUAUACUUUUUUUUUUUUCAAAAGAUCAUUCUUUUUAUAUUUCUUUGUCUUUUUCUUAUCUUUGGUUUUAUUUUUUAUUCUCUUUUUUUUUCUCUCUCACAUAUUUUUGGCCAAUUGGCUUUUACUCUUUCUUUCUCUUAUGUUUCUCUUUUCCCUUUGCUUUGUUUCUUUCUGUCCAUUUUUCUUCUUUCUUCACAUAUUUUCAUAUCUCUGAAUAUUUUUUCUUUUUAUGUCAUUUUCUCCUUCAUUUCUCUCAUUGUUCUUUCUCUUUUUCUUUCAUUAUAUUCCAUUUUCUUUCAUUGUCCUUUUUCCAUUUUCUCUUAUUUUUCUCACCUUACUUUAACUCUACCAACUAAUUUUUAUUCUUCACUUUCCUCCUCUCUCUCUUUUUCUUUUUUCUUCCUUUCAUUUUUCACUUCUCGCCUGUCUCUCUUUUUCUUCCACAUCCUUUCAAUUAUAUUAGUUUCUCUCUCUUUUUCUUUCUUCUUCCUUUCUUCUUUUUUCUUACUUCAUUUUUCUCUUUCUACCUCUUUUUCUUUCUUUUUCUUUUUUCUCUUUCCUCUUCUCUCUCUCUUUUUCUUUCUUCUUCCUUUCUUGUUUUUCCUACUUAAUUUGUCUUUUCCUCUGCUCUCACUUUUUCUUCCUUUUUCCUACUUCAUUUUUCUCUUUCCUCCUCUCUCUUUACCUUCUUUUUUCUUUUCCUUAAUGCAUCUUUCUCUUUUCUCCUCUCUCUUCUUCCUUUUUUCUUCUCUUGUUUUCCCAAAUUCAUUUUUCUUUUCCUCCUGUCUCUCUUUUUCUUUCUGCUUCCUUUCUUCUUUUUCCUUAAUUCAUAUUCUUUUUCCUCCUCUCUCUCUUUCUUUCUUUCUUUCUUUCUUUCUUUCUUUCUUUCUUUCUUUCUUUCUUUCUUCUUUUUCCCUACUUUAUUUUUCUCUUUCCUCCUCUCUCACUGUUUCUUUCAUCUUCCUUUUUUCUUUUUCCUUAAUUCAUAUUCUUUUUUCUCCUCUCUCUCUUUCUUCUUUCUUUCUUUCUUCUUUUUCCUACUUUAUUUUUCUCUUUCCUCCUCUCUCACUUUUUCUUUCUUCUUCCUUUCUUCUUUUUCCAAUUCAUUUUCUUUCCUUUUUUUUUUUUCUUUUUUUUUUUCUCUCUCACAUAUUUUUGGCCAAUUGGCUUUUACUCUUUCUUUCUCUUAUGUUUCUCUUUUCCUUCGCUUUGUUUCUUUCUUUCUUCGCAUAUUUUCAUAUCUCUGAAUAUUUUUUUCUUUUUAUUUCAUUUUCUCUUUCAUUUCUCUCAUUGUUCUUUCUCUUUUUCUUUCAUUAUAUUCCAUUUUCUUUCAUUUUAGACCUCUCUUUCUCACUUUCUGUCUUCUCCCUCUCUUUCUGUCUUUUUCCCUUUCUUUUCUCUUCUCUCUUUUUUUCUUUUGUCUUCAUUUCUUUUUCUCUUCUUCCCCUUUUCUCCUUUCUGUCUUCUCCUUCUCUUUUCUCACUUUUGUCUUUUUCCUUUUGUCUCUUUCACUUUCUGUCUUCUCCUCUUUUUCACUUUUUUGUCUUUUUCUGUUUCUGUUCCCUCUCUUUCUCACUUUCUGUUUUCUCCCUCUCUUUCUCACUCUCUGUCUUUGCCCUAUCUUUCUCACUAUCUACCUUCUCACUCUCAUUCUCACUCUCUGCUUACUCUCUCUCACUCUCUGUCUUCACCCUGUCUUUUUCUCUCUAUCUAUCUUCACCUUGUCUUUUUGCCCAAUGUCUUUUCCCCUCUCUGUUUUCUUCUUCGUUGUCUUCCCCCUCUCUUUCUCACUUUCUGCCUUUUCCCUCUCUGAUUUCUCUCUCUUUCUCUUUCACCAUGUUCUUCUUUUUCCUCACUAUCUCACUUAUUUUCUUGCACUUGCUGAGGUUAAAUAGGUUGUAUAAUUAG